AUGCCCACAAGACGCCAUCAUCACUGCCGGUCUUCGUCGUGGGAGGGUAAAAAGGUCAUCACCAACUGGCAUAUCCCCAAACUCGAGUUCAUGCAGAGCAUUGUCCCGAGCAUCCGCAAUACUGGUGUCCCCAUGCAGUGGACUGCGGAUGCAACAGAACACGCUCAUAUCACUGUCAUUAAAGUUCCAGCUCGGUCGAGCAACAAUAAUAAUUAUGACCCGCAAAUUUGCCGUCAUCUUGAUCGUGAGGAGGAGUGCCAUCGCUUUGACCUUGAAACAAGUCUACUCGAUCACGACAAGCUACGAUCAACAACUGUGGUUGAAGUUGACGAGGGAUAUGAGGGUGAUGAGGGAGACAAGGGAGACAAGGGAGACAAGGGAGACAAGGGAGACAAGGGAGACAAGGGAGACAAGGGAGACAAGGGAGACAAGGGAGACAAGGGAGACAAGGGAGACAAGGGUGACAAGGGUGACAAGGGUGACAAGGGUGACAAGGGUGACAAGGGUGACAAGGGUGACAAGGGUGACAAGGGUGACAAGGGUGACAAGGGUGACAAGGGUGACAAGGGUGACAAGGGUGAUGCUGAUGAAGAUAUACCAGUGGACCUCUUAUCCACUGUUGCUUUCCCUGGUCGCUCACGGCCAAUCAUGAAUUAUUUCAUGGUUGCAAACAGUUUACGCCACAAGGAUGUUGGCACCGUCCCUCGACCAUUACGCACGUUCACUGUUGGACGGACAGCAUUCCAUCUUGCUUACAGUCCAUCAAUCAGAAGUAUCGCUGUUGAUGAGGCAGCUGUAAAAUUUGGUCUUCCGGACUUACGACCUGCCAUCGCUGAUUUUCUCUACCGCCACGGUAUUCAUGGGCAACAUCAUGUCCAUCCAGUAGUGUGGUUCAAACUGCGCUUGCAAGACACAGACUUUCAUGAUUCCAGUGCUAUACAACCUGCGCAAAUGCUCAAUUGCACACCCCCUUGUGAUGUAUGGCCCUGGGGCCACUUUGAUACUGUUCUCAUUAAUAUCUGCGCUGGUUUCUCGUGGCCUGCCAGUGGGUUUCAAGGUCAUAGCGUGGUUCAAAUCAGGCUCAUUAUGAGGCUUCUCACAGGGAAUGCAUUGCAAGACUGCUUCCUCACUUACGUUCAUCGCUUUGAUUCUGUCACACUGUUGGGAUCUGAUGGUCGUGACCCAACUACACAGCUACACGUCUUCAAGAGGGCUAAGAGGUCGAAUGGAACUCGCCUUGGCGAUGUAAUCUUACUGUCCCAGGUCAGGUCUCCUAUAACCUCAUACCUCGGUUUGGUAGCAUUGCAGAUAACCGUCUCACUACUUCUAACUGCAUGGAAUACUGCUCGGAGUUUUGGCUAA